AUGGCUUCAGUUGAUCCUCCGCCAUCUUCAUCGCCGGCCUCCAAGGAUGUCGACAUUGAAAAGCAACCCGGCAUCAACGAAACUGCCGAACCAGAAGUCCGCCGUGGCAGUGUCACUCCCGCCUACGAAAUCGCAAGGGCGCGACAUAUCCAAAACACUAUUGCACCGCUUCGUUGGCUGAGCAAAGGCGAGACGUGGCUUGACGAGAAAAUGGGGAUCGAAACCCAGGGUAUCGAUCGAAUCCCUGAAGAAGAAAAAAGACCUCCUCAUCUGAUAAACACCUUCUUCAUGUGGUGGUCAAUGACUUGUCACGUCGGCACGCUACCGCUUGGAGUCCUGGGUCCUGAAUUCGGAUUGACCUUGGGCCAAUCUGUUGCAGCUAUUGUCGUUGGAACCGUGUUGGGGGCGCUUUGCACGGCAUAUUGCGGUACCUUGGGACCCAAGACUGGACUGCGCGCCAUUGCAACAUCUCGGUAUUCCUUUGGCUUCUGGGGAGCAAAAUUGUGCAGCGUCUUGAACGUGGUUAUCGGUGGAGGUUUCGCCGUGGUCAAUGUGGUCAUUACGGGGCAGAUGCUCAGCGCCGUCUCAGACUUCACCAUGACCGUGGCAGUCGGCUGUGUGAUUGUGGCCGUCAUCUCGUACGUUGUGUCGGUCUUUGGCUUUGCCAUCAUCCACACCUUUGAAAAAUACAGCUGGAUUGUGUCUUUUAUCCUGAUGUGUGUCUUAAUCGGUCAAGCAGCACCACACGUAGGACCCUCGGCUCCUGGAUUCGGCACCAACCUCGAAAUUGCCGGCUCCUGGCUGAGCUUCAUGGCCAUCUGCUUUUCCAGUGCUUCUGGUUGGUGCUCCAUUGCUGCCGACUAUUACUGCAACUAUCCCGCCAGCACUAAGACGUGGAAAAUUUUUUUCCUCACUUUGGCAGGUGUUACGAUCCCGACCACCUUUGUGACCGUCAUCGGCGCAUGCAUUGGUAAUGCCGCUCUGCUGAAUGCUUACCCUCCCUAUGCGGAUGCGUACGAGAAUCACAGUCUGGGUGGCUUGUUGCGAGAAAUCUAUCACCCUCUGGGCUGGAGCAAAUUCUGCCUCGUCAUCCUCACUUUCAGUGUUUUGGGCAACAACAUUGCCAUCAACUACUCUUCUGGCCUCUCGAUGCAGCUUCUCGGACACUACUUCCAUGCUGUCCCCCGUUUCAUCUGGUCUUUCUUGGUCGCGCUGGUGGUCGCAAUUCUGGCCAUUGUUGGAAAGGACCAUCUCUCAACAAUUGUCUCUGAUUUCGUCUCUUUGCUCGGUUACUGGACCAUAUCUUUCACCAUCAUUCUUCUAGUCGAAGAUCAAUGGUUCCGCAAACGAUCCGGCGAAGGUUACAACCUUGAAGCAUGGGAUCAACCAGACAAGCUCCCCUUGGGUAUCGCUGCUGUCAUCUCAUUGCUUGCAGGAUAUCUGGCGGGUGGAUUGCCUGGUAUGGCGCAGGUUUGGUACGUGGGUCCUAUUGCCCGUAAGUUUGGUCCGUACGGCGGUGACGUGGGUAUUUAUAUGUCUGGUGCCAUUACUUUGCUCCUGUAUCCCUCCUUAAGAUGGGCAAGAUGGCACUCCUCCUGGAGCAUUACUCGCACAGGGGAGAGAGAUUAUGAAGGUGCUAUUAAAGACACCAAUCCUAAAGAACGACCACAUACCAAAUCCUACGAAAACGAGCAGCAAUUACCCAUCAAAAAUCCAGCUCCAUUCUCGAAAAGUCCUUUGCCGACCAAAUCUCAACCCAAUCCCUUCGACCCGUCCUCUCCCCACAGCGAUCUACAGUCCUUCCGCCUCCACGCCCGUCGGACCGGCCUCUCACCCAGUAGCACAGUCUACACCGGCACCGCCUACGAGUACUUGACGCAGAGCACUCUCCGGGCCUACGGCUUCGGCCUACACCGAGUCGGCCGACCUGGUGACCGAGGAGUCGAUCUUGUUGGCAUAUGGCGAAUCCCACGCCUGACGCCGACAGGCGAGUGGAAAGAGGGUGUGAAUGAGCACGGUGAAAUAGAAGUUGAAGCUGAGACACUGCGCGUGCUGGUCCAAUGUAAGCGGCUCGUUGGGCAGAGUACAAAAAUAGGUCCGAAUUUGAUCAGGGAAUUGGACGGUGCGGUCACGGCGGUACGAGUUGGUGCGUUGUUCGAUAUGGCGUUUCCAACACUCGAAUCUGCUGCGGGAAAGGACACGACGAGUUCACCAGCUUCGGACACAAGUCCUGGGCCGGCUAUUGGUGUGCUGGUCGGGACGAGGCCGGCAACUAAAGGUGUGGUCGAGGGUAUGCGACGGUCGACGAGGGGUUUAGUUUGGAUCAUGAUGGAAGAAGUCCAAGACAGCUCUUUCGAAGGAAGCAGUGACGAGAGCGAAUCUCUCUUGCAGCACAAAAACCCUGCAGACCGGAAUUCGGAAGUUUGCAACGAGAAUUUGGUGAGGACUUCAGGAGCAGAGUCAGACAGUCGUCGUGAAUCAGAUCCAGAUCCAGAAGCAGACACAAACCCAGCGCCCGUGACGAAACCACCAACACAGCAAUCACCCCUUAAAGGCCGCGUCAAGCAGAUCCUCUGGAACCAAGCGGCGCGCGACCUCGGACUCGAAGGCCUCAACGUUGUCAACCGCUACGGCGCCUCCGGGACCGACGAAGUGGUGCUCAUGCGCGGAAGACGCGUUUGGGGUGGGUCAUGA